AUGGACAGGACCAGUCUGCCCCUUGCUAGACCGGACGGCGCGGCCGACAAGAACAGACGUCGCGAAGAAAGAGAGGAAGAGAUCCGUCGCAAAGAAAGAGAUGAACAGAGGCGUCGUGAAGAAAGAGAGGAACAGAGGCAUCGCGAGGAAAGAGAGGAACCGAGGCAUCGCGAGGAAAGAGAGGAACAGAGGCAUCGCGAGGAAAGAGAGGAACAGAGGCGUCGCGAGGAAAGAGGGGAACACAGGCGUCGCGAGGAAAGAGAGGAACAGAGGCGUCGCGAGGAAAGAGAGGAACAGAGGCAUCGCGAGGAAAGAGAGGAACAGAGGCAUCGCGAGGAAAGAGAGCAACAGAGGCAUCGCGAGGAAAUAGAGGAACAGAGGCAUCGCGAGGAAAUAGAGGAACAGAGGCAUAGCGAGGAAAGAGAGGAACAGAGGCGUCGCGAGGAAAUAGAGGAACAGAGGCGUCGCGAGGAAAGAGAUGAACAGAGGCGUCGCGAGGAAAGAGAGGAACAGAUGCAUCGCGAGAAAACAGAGGAACAGAGGCGUCGCGAGGAAAGAGAGGAACAGAGACGUCGCGAGGAAAGAGAGGAACAGAUGCAUCGCGAGAAAACAGAGGAACAGAGGCAUCGCGAGGAAAGAGAGGAACAGAGGCGUCGCGAGGAAAGAGAGGAACAGAGGCGUGGCGAGGAGAGAGAGGAACAGAGGCAUCGCGAGGAAAGAGAGGAACAGAGGCAUCGCAAGGAAAGAGAGAAACAGAGGCGUCGCGAGGAAAGAGAGGAACAAAGGCGUCGCGAGGAAAGAGAGGAACAGAUGCAUCGCGAGGAAAGAGAGGAACAGAGGCGUCGCGAGGAAAGAGAGGAACAGAGAGAGGAACCGAGGCAUCGCGAGGAAAGAGAGGAAGAGAGGCAUCGCGAGGAAACAGAGGAACAGAGGCGUCGCGAGGAAAGAGAGGAACAGAGGCGUCGGGAGGAAAGAGAGGAACAGAUGCAUCGCGAGAAAACAGAGGAACAGAGGCGUCGCGAGGAAAGAGAGGAACAGAGACGUCGCGAGGAAAGAGAGGAACAGAUGCAUCGCGAGAAAACAGAGGAACAGAGGUGUCGCGAGGAAAGAGAGGAACAGAGGCGUCGCGAGGAAAGAGAGGAACAGAGGCAUCGCGAGGAAAUAGAGGAACAGAGGCAUCGCGAGGAAAGAGAGGAACAGAGGCAUCAUGAGGAAAGAGCGGAACAGAGGCCUCGCGAGGAGCAGAAGCGCCAACUGGAGCACUACAUCAAGCGAUAA